AUGAAACCUUUUUUUUUAAACUGCAUUAACAACAUAGUUAAAGGAAAAAGGGAAAACAAAGUGAAACAUCUUUUGAAUUUCAUCUUGGCAAAGCAGCGCGGUGGCCACUUGCACGACGACGAUGUUGUGUACCCUGUGUCAACGCUGUGCUCCUUCCUGCAUGCGUUGAGCCAGCAGGUGGGACGUCCGGGGGGAGAUGAACACCCGACGCUAACUACGCCAACGGCGCCGCGAACUAGGACAACGGCGGUGCUGCACUUUGUGCGAACCAGCGAGCUGCACGUGCGCUCCUUCGUCGACGCCCUCCUGAAGCAGUUCCAUGCAAAGGGUGACGCGUCAGAGGAGGCCAUUCGAAGUUGCACGUACCUCCUGAAUGCGCUGUGCCUGCUGGACUACGACAACCAGGCGAGCCACUCCAGUGAGCUUCUUUCUAGAGUGGUGAAUGCCUUUGUCCAACUGAAUAGGAGGUACCUAAACGAUGGUGAAAACAGGGACCAAAGGGGUCAAGUCCCACAAGGGACACGCACACAAUUGGGGGUAGAGACCACUCAGGAAGACUCAUACAACAGUCAGGUACGAAGCCAAAUGUUGACAGAAGUGCUCACAGUGAUUAACAAGCACUUUGUAAAAUUAAAAAUGUCGAAUGAGCACAUGAAUCUGGUGAGCGUCUUCUACCUGGAGGUGAUUAAUUACCUGUUCGCCUCAAAUGUACUUCGUGUAAUGCCCCCUGAGGAUGCUCACCACACAUAUGAACAUGGUCAUAUGAAAACGGAGCCCUACCCGCGGGUCGUAGUAACCACCCAUAUUAAUGCAAACCACAUGAACUUGAAUCGAAUCAAGCAAUUCUACUCGGAGGUCCACUUAGAUGUGCACCACUUUGUUAGUAUAGCUCUGUUUGUGAAGAAGUACGCAGGGGUGCUAAACCGGUUCCAGCUCCGACAGGGGGGUUCCCCCAGGGCGGUUGGUGAAGAAGCUACCGACCACCUGCGCCGCACGCUGAACGAAACCAUCGUGCAAAUUUACCUGAACCUGUUUUGGAGAUCCAAGUGGGACGACAAGUCCUCACAAGGGAGCUACCCCAACGGACGACAACACAUAUGUAAUGAAGAUACAGAUCUCGGAAGAGUCCCCUUUCAUAAUGCGAAGAAGGAAGCAACGUCCUAUCCUUACCUAGAACAAAACCAAUCCCUCCAAGGGGAUCCCUCGAACCCUACUUCCCCCUUCCUACUCAUAUGGAGUUACUUCCCUCAUGAAUUUACACAACUCUACAAUUCACAAAAAAUUAAAAUCGAUUUGGUUAUAAACCAGAAUGUUAUGAACCUAGUCAGCUGUUUAAACGCCCUGUCCUUGACACAACUCGCUUCCGAUUGGAUGGCCUGUGAUCACUUUAAUAAACAGAUUUACACCCACAUCCUAUCCUUUAAGCUUCUCCUACACAUUACCAACGGGGGGAAAAACUUCCCUCGAAGAGAUUUCCUCCUUAAUGCAUUUUUUGUGUAUAACAAUUUUUGGCACUUCAUUAUUAAAUUCUAUGCCUCCGUUCUUUACACCAACAGUCUGGUCUCCCUGCUUGGCUGCUUCUGUGCAGGACGAGUAAAGGGCAUCACCACAUGGAGGAGUGGCCACCUCCCCAUUCGAAUCAUAAAUGAGGAAGUGUUGCGAAGAUGGAAGAGAGGAGGUACCAAUUAUAUGUAUUCUCCCUCUAGUGACCAAGCAUUCAACAGGGUGCACACCCCACAAAUGAAUUAUCUACCUGGUGCUCUACUUACACCGCAGUGCCCUCUGCCCCUUAUGGCGAACAAGAGGCACCUCUUCAACAUGUGUAGCUUCUACGCUCAGGUUAACUUCCACGACGAGGCCUUUGCCCGAGUGCUCGCCAAAACCACCACUCACAAUUUAACACGCCUGGGACAGAAAGACAUAAUGGCUGUCGUGUACUACCUGGGCAACGCGACCCCAACUGGAGGAGGCAUGCUAUUUCAAUUAGUAGUGACACAUAUAGAGCGACAUAUCACCACCUACGAUAUGUGUGACUUGCAUUUAUUAUUGAAGACACUGCUCAAGUAUACCCAUCAACAGGAAGGGGAAGAAAAUAUUUGCGUAAAUCAUAUUACUACUGUGCUGCACCAUAUCCUUAUACGCAUCCUCAUUGUGUGCUGCGAAAUGGAUACAAAGGAUAAAGCUGCACCACAGUUGUCACGGCACGGAAAGACCAAGGAGGAGGAAAUGAUCCCACAGCAACUUCAUUUCACGAAGACUCUUCACGAGUUUUAUCAUUUGCUUCUCUCCUGUCAGCGACUCAACAGCAUGUUAAUCACCCAACGGAGCAACACUACACAACAGGUAGCGGCGGGAACUACUGCCCUUUCCAUUACGCAAGAAGAAAUGCAAGCAGUUUAUUCAAAGCUGCUUAGAGCACGACCCGAUUUCUUCACACCAAGCACUGGAAUGCUCACCAAAGGUGAAAAAAACCCAUUUCUGCGGGACACGCUCAACAUAUUAAAUGUGGUAGUUAAACUAAUGAAGAACAACCGCUUCCCCUCCUUGUAUGAAACCUGUUGCAUCCCCAUGUGUGAUGCUAUGUACCUUCUCACUAAGCGAAACAAGAACCCCCUAUAUUGCUUCAGCGUAUCCGAGUGGGUCAGUUUACUCCUCUGCCACUGCAAGGUGGGUCACAUACCCGACUACCUUAACGAAUACUUGUCACGGCUCCGCGCUCAACUCCCGACCCAGCUGCAUGCGGAGCGCUGGCAAUUCAAAGGGGUGCACAUGAAGGACUUGCACCUCAUUCGAAUCUUAUCACAUCGGCUGAAAUCGCUUCACUUGAAAAACGCCGAGCUCUUUGCACCUUUCUCUGUGCGUGCACAAGGGCGACACCCCUCCAAAUUUACCCCCGUGUGUCAUGUAUUAGGAGCGGCAGGAGAAGGGCGGGCAUUCAUCACAGCACCAGUCAUCACUCGACUUAGUAACCGGAACUGUUACCCACACAAUACAAAGCACAGUGCAGAUCCUACUGCAACCCAAGGAAUAGGGCGACGUAACCAUUUCCAACUGAGAGGGUCCCUAAAUGAUUACAUAUAUAAGCUACUCCUCAGGAGGUUCAAGAAGGUCACACACAAAGAUCAAGUAAACACCUUCAAGUCUGUAUUGUCUCCACUACGUAGCUAUAACAUCGACUUCCUCUUUUCCUGUACACACUCCAUAAGUGAGAUUAAAAAAAAAAUUUCGGAAUACAUAUAUGAGCUGAAGCUAGUCGAUGCACAAAAUUUUAAAGUCGUUUAUUUAGGCAAGAGGAGGUUAGUCCGGCCAAUUAAAAAACAGCUGGAGGCCUACUACGUCUUGUUUUCCUUUCAAAUAUACCCAUCGCUAAUUUCAGAAGUUAAAAGGAAGCUGCUCUUGCAGGACGCCGUCUUGAGAUUCAUUGUGACGAAAAACGAAAAGACUUCUAAGACCCUCGAGUACGAAGAGAAUGGAGCCGUUCGGCGUGCACAGUAUGCCACUGAGGCCAAGUUUUUUCAGAAGAACGACUCAUAG